UCCUUUCAUUCAUUCAUUCAUUCAUUCAUUCAAUUAACAUAAACAAAUUUACCAAAUUUAUUGAUGGGGAACUGUCUUAGACGUGAAUCGUCGUCCACAGUUUGGGCCGGGGACGAGUGGGAGUCACUAGCACCACAUGAUCAUGAGAAUGGUGAGAGGGAGAGGCUUCUUGCUGCUGGUGGUGUUGGUGGUGGCAGUGGUGGUGGUUCUUUGUCACGAUCCACGUCGUCUACCGAGGGGAGAGAUCAAGUGAAGAUAAAGAUUACAAAGAAAGAACUGGAGGAGUUAGUACGGAUGGCUUAUUUGCAAGGCUUGUCCAUGGAACAAGUCUUGUCCGAUUUGGUAAAUAAUACAACUAAUGAUAAUGAUGAUCAUGAUCGAUGGAAAAUAUUAAUGGAGCGACAAAGGUCUUGGAAACCAGCUUUACAGAGCAUUCCAGAGGUUAAUUAGUUUAUCAAGAAUAAUUACUAGUUUUACCUUUUCAUUCAUCAUUUGUGAAUAUAGAUCAUAAAUUAUUAGGAUUUUAGAUGUUUAUUUUUAUUUAUUUAUUUAUUUUCUUUUGGUAAUUAAUGUAAGAAGUUUGUUUAUUUUUUGUAUUUUGAAGUUCAAUGUUCGAUUCAUUCGUCUACAAGAAUAAUUCAGAGAAAAAUCCUUGUCGUAA